AUGGCUACCCCCGGUGUCCUUACCUUUGAUGCUGAGGGUCGUGCUGUUGACUUUGAGGAGCGCCUCCUAGCAGCAGAGAAGAGCAUAGUCGCUAUAGGAGCCUCUCAUGGUGACCCUCGCACCCCCGUCUUUGAGGGGUGUUCCCCUUCCCCCCUCUUGCCCUCUGUUGCCUCUACUGCUGCGGCCGACCUCGUUGGUUUCGAGUCGGUCAGCGCAGCGUCUACCCCUAGCGGGAGACGCCGCACCAGCAAGGGCAAGGGGGGCAAGGGCGCUGGAGGGGCUGGCGGGGGUGGUGGAGGUGGUGGUGGAGGCAGUGGAGGGGGUGGGGGUGGUGGUGGGAGUGGUGGCGGGGGUGGAGGUGUUGGUGGCAGAAAAGGAGGCGGAGGAGGCGGCGGCGGUGGCGGAGGGAGCGGAGGCGGCAGAUGUGGCGGAGGCAGCGGAGGUGGCGGAGGCGGCGGAGGUGGCGGAGGCGGCGGAGGUGGCGGAGGCGGCGGCGGCAGCGGUGGAGCUGGUCGCGGCUCUGCGCAGAGGAGUGGGUCCGGUGGUGGUCCGCGCCAGCAGCAGCAGCGCAGUUGUGAGACCCUGUCCCCUUAG